UGUGAUUGAAAGCACAUAAUAGAAAGGUUGGAAUUGGCGUACAAAUUUUCUUCACUGUUUCGUCACAACUUUCACUAGGCAUUACUGCAGAUAAUAGUAUCCAAUGUGUAUAAAUAUAUAUAGAUAUAUAUAUAUCAACCUCGACCGCUAUACUAUACUAUUCCAUUAAAAGAUACGGAGUAUAAGAACACAAACAGAUAAUUUGACUUUCAAUUUAGUUGCUCAGCUCAGUGUUCACUGGAAAAAAUGUCAUCACUCCAUCAUCGCCGUUCAUUUUCUCUUUUCCCGGCAAACCGUACCAACUUCUUGCUUUCCAACCCAAACCUCUUAAAAUUCUGAUCUCACCGGAAAGGAAUCAAGAAAGGAAGUAUUGAGCUCAAACCAUCAUGCUCUCUCCAACCCCCCUCUCCCUCCUUUGCGCUCUCCUCCUCUGUUUACCUCUUGCCAUAAUCUUCACCAUCACCACCCCCAGCUCCUCCACCCCAUCUACCCGCUCCGCCACCUCCUGCCUUCAAACCUCCGCCCCCACCAGUACUACUGGAGCAAAUAAAAGUGCUACAGUUAGGCCACUCUCGGCUUUACUUCCCGCUGUCAAAACCUUAAAGAAACCCCACAACAAAAAUACUACUGCUGCUGCUACUGAUACCGUGUCAUCAUCAUCUUCUUCUUCUUCUUCACCAUCACUAUCUCAAGCUGCCACCGUCCGCGGAGGAGCUGCCCCUAAUGAAACGGAUGAAGAUGAUAACUCGCAGCUGUUACGAGUCAACCCAAACCCAAAACCGCCCCUCAAGAAAUUAGCAUUCAUGUUCCUCACCACCACCCCGCUCCCAUUCGAGCCCCUCUGGGAACUCUUCUUCAACAACACUCCCAAAUAUCUCUACAACAUUUACAUCCAUGCAGACCCCAGCUUCAACUACACCACCCCGCCCUUCCGCGGCGUGUUCGCUCGCCGGGUCAUUCCCUCCAAGCCAACUCGGAGACACUCCCCCACGCUCAUCGCGGCAGCGCGUCGCCUCCUUUCCCGCGCGCUCCUCGACGACGCGUCCAACUACAUGUUUGCCCUCCUCUCCCCUUCCUGCAUCCCGCUCCGCUCCUUCAAAUCUACCUACAGGAUCCUGAUCAAGUCCAAGAAGAGCUUCAUCGAGAUCCUCAAGGACGAGCCCGGGGCGUACGAGCGGUGGGCGGCGCGUGGGGAGGAGGUGAUGGAGCCGGAGGUGAAGUUCGAGGACUUUCGGAUUGGGUCGCAGUUCUGGGUAUUGAAACGGAAGCACGCGAGGAUCGUCGCGCGUGACAGGCGGCUGUGGUCCAAGUUCAAGCUGCCGUGCCUGAGCCCGGACACGUGUUACCCGGAGGAGCACUAUUUUCCGACUCUGCUGAGGAAGGCGGACCCACAGGGAUGCGUCCCGGCGACGCUGACGCACGUGGACUGGAGGGGCGGCUACGGGGGUCACCCGAGGACGUAUUUUGAGGAGGAGGUGGGACCGGAGAUGAUCAGGGCCCUCAGAAAAGCCAAGCCCAGAUACGGGACGGAAGGAUCCAACGCGUCGGAUUGGUCAGGGAGCGUGAGGAGAAGGCGUGACCCGUUUCUGUUUGCGAGGAAAUUUUCUCCGACGUGUGUCGGCCCCCUAAUGGACAUUGCUAAUGAUAUCAUCUUCCGGGAUUAAGAUGGGAUGACGAUUGAUUGACGGGACUGCUUUGUGAUAAUUUUGUAAUUUUUGUGGAGCGGCAAGUAGGUAGGUUUUACUGCUACUAUUACUAAUUGAUCAUGACGUCAUAAAAAUUAACUUUAAAAAAAAAGGGCGGGACAAACCCGGGCCCUUUUUUUUU